UUUACCAGUUAUACGUCGAACAGUUAGAGCAGCGGACAGUUACCUUCACGUUUCGAGAUCGAGAGGAUCUGUUUUGUUCUCAGGUGUGACAUAGACCGAUUUAUAAACUAGCGUGCGCGCGCGCGAGAGAGAGAAAGAGAAAGAGAGAGAGAGAAAGAGAUUAACUUCUCGGUCAUUCGAGAAGAGGAGGAAUCGAUCGAUUCGACUCAAAGACAAUGAGUCGAACGUUGUUGAUGUGUUCGUUGUUGGCUUUGACCAACGUAAAUGCAAUUUCGACAGUAUGGCAACCAUUACCUUCACCUCAUGUACCAAGCACGAGUGUCCUUCGUCAGGAGGCAAAAUUAUAUGGAAGCUUAACACCGGCUAAUUCUCCUUAUGAUAUCGAUGGACAGCUGAUCGAUUUGUCACACGAACAGGAACAAUGUUCUUUAUACAAGAUUUCUAUGAGUCAACAGCUUUACUUCGAGUAUAUUCAUUACAAGAUCGACUUGCCGAAUAUAAAAGAAUUUACUCUGUGUAUAUGGUCCAAGUUUCACAAUCAUACCAACGAUCAUCCUCUGUUUUCUUAUGCAGUCGAUGAUCAACCUCGAGGUAUAUUAUCAUGGGUCGCAAAUACGCCAAGAAGUUCUUAUUACAUGAUGAACGUGGACGGUCACAACUUGUAUAGAUUGAAUUAUCCGUUGAGACUUAACAAGUGGUACCACUCUUGCCAGAGUUGGAAUGGUCGUACCGGAGAAUGGCAGAUCUGGGUCAACGACGAGCGUGUAGGUCGUGGGUUCAACAACAGGUUGGUAGGUCACGUUAUUAAGGGCGGUGGUAUUGCGAUAUCAGGUCAAGAACAACGUCAGUUGGGUGGUGGCUUUUUAGAAGGGGAAGGUUCUCCUCCAGGAUCGGGUGGUAUGUUAGGAGAAAUAACAAUGGUUCAAUUGUACAGCGUUGCUCUGACAGCUGGUAAGGCUCAUAAAGAUCACAAACAUCACCACGCUCAUCAUUACGAACACGACACUACGAAUAAUACACCAAGGCCGAUAACAAGGCAACCGGUUACAGGACCGCCUUUACCUCCUAGUCCAUUCUUAACUGGAGGUCAAAUUAAUCCCCAAGUGAAAAUCAAUCCGGGUGCAACAUUGCAAAUUAUUCGAAACGGAGUGAUCAUGCGUCAUCCAGCAUUACCCAGGGAACCACCACCACAACCCUUUCCACCAGCCAAUCUCGAAAGUCUCUCAACAGUGAUCCCAUUUGUUUCACAGUCACCAACACUGCCAGUAACUUUACAACAAGAUUCCGGAAUAUUCGGAAAUCCUUUAAGUAGACCAACCGGUCCUUAUCACGAACUUUUCAAAAGAGAGGAAACUGUAACGAAGAGGGAAGAUAUUUGGGAUAAGAUUGAUACGAAAAUAACAACGACGUCUAACUCCACUGUUGUUGAGAACAACGACGAUGACGACGAUGACAAAGUGAAGUUCAUUGAUAGGAUUAAGGACGAUACAGAAAAGACGUCGAAAAAACAUGGUACAGAGAAAAAGAAAAGAGGAAUCCUGCAAUUGCCAGAUGGUUUAUUGUUCGAUGAGAAUUAUGCCGUACCUCAAGGAUUGGACAAUGAUUAUUUGUCUGGUUUGGCCAGUUUUGAUCUUCAAUCGGUCAAGCAAGAUAACAAAGAUGACGAGAGAGAACCAGCUGAGGCUGAAGUUAAAAGGAUUAUGGACAUUUGCGAUGGCUGUGCCGAAGAACCUUUUGAGAAAGCCUUGAUCAUGGGAUGGAGAUCCGUACCUAAAAAGGUUUACUCCGGUGCUCUCUAUAUACCUGCUGUGCAGGUCUGCAAAGCUUUUUAAUCGAUCCUUCUCCUGGCUUCUCCUUGAGAGAAUUAAAUAUCAUAUCCCUUAAAGGUUUCACGAAGCCUAAGAAUGGCUGAUAGAUAAAAGACAAUCAUUUCAUCUCAUCUUAUUUCAUCUCAUUUCACUUCUCUCUCUCUCUCUCUCUCUCUCUCUCUCUCUCUCUCUCUCUCUCUUUCUCUCUUUCUCUCUCUCUCUCAUACACAUACACACAAAAUAUAGUUAUCUCUAUAUAGAUUCUUCACGAGAAAUCAUAAUGAAUAUUAAUCUCGAUCAUAUUUUCAAGAUCGCAGAAAAAAAAAAAGCUCGUUCGAAAGCAGUAUUAUAUAGACAAAUAAUGAUAAUCUAUUUUCUUUUCUUUUUCUUUUAUUCUUUUUUAUUACAAUCAAAUAGUUUAACUUUAACGAGAGUUUUCGAGAUAAAGAUGUACUUGUUUGAUUCUAUUUAACAAAGUGAUUUAUUUCACUUGAGUCCAUCGUAUCUCAAACACAAUUUGAGAUCAAAUAUUAUCUUUUAAGAUGAUAAAAUCUUUUCUUCGUAUAUAUAUAUAUAUAUAUAUAUAUAUAUAUAUAUAUAUAUGUAUGUAUAUACAUAUAUAUAUUAUGUAUUUCGUGAUUGCAAAAAUUGAACGUCUACAAUGAUGUUCUCGUAGUUGUAUUAAAAUAGAAAGUAAAUACCUUGACAAAGGAAAAAAGAAAAGCUCCUACCUUGCUCUUGUGAAUAUGUUGAUGUUGAUACUCGCUGUCGAAUUCAGGCUCACUGAAAUAACUUUGAUCCUCCCAAUGAGGUGGCAAUCCUCCACCACCUGGUAUACCCAAUGGACCAGGCAUUCCAGCGACUCCAUCGGCACUUUCGAAUAGUUUUAAAACGCUUCUAUCCCUAAUAUCUCGUAGAUGUAACCUACGAAUUAAAAUAGGAUCAAUCGUAUAACGUAUUAUGAAUUUGUUUUUAUGAAAUAAAAAAAAAAAAAAAAAAAAAAAAAAAAAAAAAAAAAGAAACAGAUUAUGAAGAAGAAAAGAUUGUCAAAUCGAUACGAACGAAUCCAAAAAUUAAUAAUGACGUGUAUAGGAUUUGAUUAAAAAUAAAUAAAUAAACAAAUAAUAAGAAUAAGAAAAAGUUUGAUAAAAAAUUUGGAUAAAUUAAUUCCUUACCUGUGAUCUUCUAGCUCGUAGAAGACGUUCUUAUUACUAUCGUGUAUGUAAACCUUUACAUGUGGACUGUCGAGAUAUUCCAUAGUUAACUGUUUUGGAAAGCUUCUGACGAAGAGAGCCUUUACAGUGUCUAUGCUGGUUAUUUCGUUUGGGAGAAGUGCCCUCUUCGUCUCGUU